AGCGCCCCAGUAACCUUGUCUGAUGUGAUCAUUAACCUUUCUGGAAAACGCAGCCGAGGUUGGUUAGAAUGUGAGGCGCCCCGCACAUAUCCUGCACAAGCCGCGUACAGAUUGCUUGCUUUCUCUCCGGAGUUCUGGCUGUCUUGGAGUGUGUCAGGAAAGAAAAAAAAAUGAGAUUUCAACAACUUCUUUGUGUCUUUUUGGUUUUUAUGAUGAGUCUCCUCCUUACCACCGGACAGAGACCAGCUAAUUUGGUCCUGAGAAGAAAACUGCAUAGACACAGCUGCCUUCAGAGGCGAUGUAUACCUCUUCACUCACGAGUACCUUUCCCCUGAGAGCUCCUCAGCUGACUUUACCGAGUCUGCCACAAGACAGGAGUGAAGAAAUGAUACCCAACCACCCAAAGAACUUCACUGUGCAACAGUAUGAUUGCUUAAAGGCUACUGUAGGAAAAGGCAUUGUUCAAGAGUACCUGGAAUGGUAUUUUGGCUCACAGGACUAUCUUCUUCCUGACAGAAACUGAGAGUCAGUUCCAGUCUGAAGCACCCUUAUUUGUCUGCAAUUACAAUGGUCUCAUCUUUUCUCGGACUUUUUCUUUUUUUGUAAUGGACCAAAAAGAAAAAUGCUUGUCAGUGUCUUAGAACUCUCAAAUCUCUAAAAGUGCAAGAUUUCCAAUUUUUCCACACUCUUAUAAUUAUCCAAAUGUAUUAACUUUGCAGAUGUUUAAAUUUUAAAUCAGUUGUUCUGCCUGGCUUUAAAGGAUAAAAAGAAAUAACUCACUUAUUUAUUUUGAGAUAUUAAGGGGGUAAAGCUAUGAAUUCCUUUAGUUCUUAUGAAAGUAUGACAUUUCCACUUUCUGAGUAAUAUCUAGUUGAAGUCAUAAAAAGAGCAGAAAUCAUUAACUAUAACUCAUUUUAUUUUAAAAUGGCAGUGUUUGUUCAUUUCUGAAUCUUUUCCUCAUCUUGUAAUAAGCAAAAGCCAACAUUCAAUGUUCUGGUUUACACACUU